AUGUUCAUAUAUAAAGCGAUCAAGAAACGCCGCGCAGAGAGGCAGUCAAGCGCUGAGCCUGUCGUCGAUUCUGAACAGCAAAAGAAGGAGAAGAAACUGUGCACCCACCGUCAACAGAGCGGUAACCAUAACAUAGCCUCACCAUUGUUAUCGGAAGUAUCAGAGCAGACACACUUUCGCCCGGAGACUGGCUCCGCUGAGCCCAAGCAACUUAAUGCUUCCCUUAAGCUAGCCGACCAAAACCAACAACCUGAAUUUCAGACUACUGGGCCUUGUGAGCUGUGCAAGAAGGAAAAACACGAUGCCCGUGUCUACAGAUGGAAGUUGAUUGCAGGCUUACUACUGCCCUAUUUCCUCGCCUCUGUCGACUUAACCAUUGUUGCCGCUGCUUUGCCUUUUAUUGCAUCUCACUUUAAUAAGCUCGACCAACUGAAUUGGAUCGUGACUGCCUUUACCCUUACCUCGACUGCAUUCAUUCCCGCAUUCGGUCAACUAUCUGAUGUCUUUGGUCGACAUUUCGUCCUACAGUUGGCAAUGUUCCUCAUGCUAAUCGGCAGUGUCCUAUGCGCCGCGGCUCCAUCAUGGGGCGUCCUACUACUCGGUAGAGCACUUCAGGGAACCAGUGCUUCGGGCAUCACAAACUUGAUCCAAAUCAUCUUAGCUGAUAAAGUCAGUUUGAAGGAUAAUGCAAAGAACUCUACCAUCUUUCAGUUUGUUGCAGGGCUUUCCUACAGUGUCGGUCCCAUUAUCGGCGGUUAUCUGACAAACGUAAGGAUCUCUCCGGGCCUUCAAUACCGAAUAUUGGCAGGUGUCUUCUUACUGACUGUCGCAUUCUUUGCACAUUUUAUAAUUUACUUUCUCCUCCGUAACGAACUGGUACAAGGCAGUCAUUUCAUCAAGGGAUCUCGACGGAGCAGCUUUUUACCCGGCUUAGCCACCAUUGAUAUCGGUGGCACUCUUCUAUUCGUUUUCGGUGUCGGUCUCCUCAUUCUCGGAACCGCAUGGGGUGGUGUUACAUAUCCGUGGACUCAUGCAGCUGUUCUUACUCCCCUCGUUAUCGGAUCAAUUCUUUUUAUCCUUUUCUUCGCUUAUGAAUAUCUUCUUGAGCCGGGCCGCAUAGUCGGCCGCUUGCUUCCCCAACAGUCCCCCAUGAUCCCGUCAGACAUCAUCAGGAACCGAGAUACGAUCGUCUUGGCUAUCAUUGAAUUUGCAACUGGUGCUGUCAUGUUUUCUGUCUUCUACUUUAUUUCUAUUUACUUUACGCUUGUCGAAGGCUAUGAAGCUGGCCGUUCCGGCCUUCAACUGCUUUACUAUAUCCCUGGAAUUGGAUUCGGUGUCUACUUUGCCAUGUUUACGUGCAAUGUUUGGCCCGCGCAAACCUUUGUUCCCCUGAGUGCCGGCACUGUUAUUGAAACUAUUGGUAUUGCCCUCCUUACCUGGGCAAUCACAACUCGCAACAUUCCCGUCGUCAGCGGAAUGAUGGCCGUCGCCGGCGCCGGAACUGGAAUGCGCUUCAUGCCGGCCACUCUUCAUGUUGCAGGUAUCUGGCCAGAUAAAAUUGCCCCGGCUAUGUCGAUUAUGAGGUUCUGUCUCCCUUUUGGGGGAACACUUGCCUUGACCAUUAUGGGUAGUGUGUUUAACAAUAAAAUGGCCGAAGUCUUCCGCCCUGGAAGUGGUAGCGGAGGUGUGGAUCUACACAACACCAGCCAGAGCUUGGGGGCUAUUGAUAAAUUGCCACCUGAUAUCCAGAACUACGUUCGCGACUUGGCUAAGACUGCUGUGAUGUGGGCUUUCAUUUCCAUCAUUCCUAUCAUGGCCAUUAGUUUGGUUGCUAUAUUCUUCCUCGGGAACGUCUGGAUCAAAUCCAAAAAGGCUAAAGAGGAAGCUGAAAGAAAAGCUGCUGAAGACGGAAAGGCUGGCGAUGCUAUUGUUAGUAGUGAAGUCAUUCGGAUACCCUUUUUAUGGGCCCUUGUCACGGUGAGUUCCUAA